AUGGCCAUAACACCCGACCCCGUCCCACGCGGCCCCGUGACCGCUAACAUCAACUUCGCCCAUCGCCCCGGCCCGGGCCAGACAGCCAUAAACUAUGUAGAGGACCCCCCGGCCGGCGAGCCCAAGCGUAAUCUCGUCGUGAACGCCCAAGACGUCAUCAUCGAGGAUAUCCGGGGCCGGGAAUCGCAGUUCAACCUAGACACGGACGCCUUCGCCGCCAUCUCGGGCGUGCCGCCGUCCGCGGAGAGAGACUUUGUAGACGAUGCCAGCAUCGCGGCCAACUAUUACCCGGAGGUGGAGCAGUUCCUGCUGGACCGCAUCCCCGGCAGCAACCGCAUUUUCAUCUUCGACCACACGAUCCGGCGUGCCGGCCCGGACGCCAAGCGCCAGGCCGUGCUGAACGCGCACAUUGAUCAGACGCCCGUGUCGGCGCCGCAGCGGGUGCGCAAGCACCUGCCCGAUGAAGCUGAACGGCUCCUGCAGGGCCGCUUUCGCAUUGUGAACGUGUGGAGAUCUCUGAACAAAGGUCCUGUGGAAUCGACCCCGUUGGCUUUUGCCAGUUCAUCAACGUUCAGGACCGAGGAUGCCGUUCCGGUGGAGCACAGGUACCCAAAUGGGUAUACGGGGCAGACCGCCGCGAUUGCUCAUAACGCGGGCCAGAAAUGGUAUUAUUGGAGCGGCAUGACUGGUAACGAGAGGCUGUUGCUCGAAUGCUUUGAUUCUGAAGGAAUUAAGGAUGGCUCAGGGGUAAAGGGGGGCCGUGUGCCACACACAGCAUUUGUGGACCCACGGACUCGGGAUGGAGCCGAGGGACGGGAGAGUAUAGAGGUUCGAGCUCUGGUUUUCGGGCCAUGA